UAUAAAAAGCCGUUAACUCGGUUCCGGCUCAGGUAGAAAUGAAUGAGCAAACACAGCGCACACAGGCCAUUAACUGGGUAUUGAGGAUAAUGCGGCUUGGCGGACUCUGGCCUUGGUCGACGUCUAAGGAUGAAUGCCAAUUGCUGGCAUUGCUUAAAGGAAACUAUCGCUAUGUGCUGCACGUGCCCAUCACGUUCACUUUCAUUGGACUCAUGUGGCUGGAGGCGUUUGUGUCCAACAACUUGGAACAGGCUGGCCAAGUGCUGUACAUGUCUCUGACGGAAAUCGCGCUAGUUGUGAAAAUUUUAAAUAUCUGGCAUCGGAGUGCAGCUGCCAGGCAGAUAAUGUUCCAUAUGAAACACUCCAGCGAUUACGAGCUGCAAUCGGAGCAGGAGCAGAGCUUGUGGCAACAGGAACAACGCCUCUUCAAAUGGUAUUUCUAUUUGUUUCUGCUCACGAGUCUGGGCGUUGUCUACAGCAGCUGCAUUGGCGUCUUGUUUCUGAACGACUACGAGUUACCCUUCGCCUACUUUGUGCCCUUCGAGUAUCGCAAUGAGCGCAGCUACUACUACGCCUAUGGCUACAGCCUGAUUGGAAUGACUGUGACGAGUGUCUCGAACGUUUGCCUCGAUGCUAUUGGAUGCUAUUUUCUCUUUCACUUGUCGCUGCUGUAUCGCCUGCUGGGCUUGCGAGUCCAGGGAUUGGAGUACGUCAACAGUGAAACGAGAUUCAAAGAGAAGUUGAUUAUCAUUCUUAAGCUGCAUAAUCGCAUACGCAGCUUAACCUUGCAGGUUCAGAACUUAGUGUCGCCUUACGUGCUCUCCCAGAUUGUGCUGAGCGCCUUCAUCAUCUGCUUCAGCGGCUAUCGCCUGCAACAUGUAGGCAUCCGCGCCAACCCGGGCCAGUUUAUAUCCAUGCUGCAGUUCCUCAGUGUGAUGGUGCUCGAAAUAUUUCUACCCUGCUAUUUCGGCAACGAGGUCACAGUCUAUGCCCAUCAGCUGACCAGCGACGUCUACAACACCAACUGGCUGCAGUGCGACAAUCGCAGCCGCCAGUUGCUCAUCGCCUACAUGGAGCAUCUCAAGAAACCUGUCAAGAUUCGUGCUGGCUAUUUCUUCGAAGUUGGCUUACCCAUUUUCGUUAAGACCAUGAACAAUGCCUACAGCUUCUUUGCGCUGCUGCUCAAUGCUUCUAAGUAAACUGAAUUUAUGUCGAUUUAAUCGUAAUGUUAAAGUAAACUUGUUAUAGAACUUCAGUUGAACUGUAA